CGGGAGCCCGCGAGCGCCCCAGCUCGGCCCGGCGUCCCUGCCGGCGCCCGCGGCAGUAGCGGCGGAGCUGCGGGCGCUGCCCUGCGCCGGGACUGCUCUCCUGCGCGGCGGCAGGGAGGGUGAAUGAAGACGGGAGGAGGGGAAGGAGGAGGCGGCGGCGGAGGAGGCGCUGCGGGGAUUGGGAUGUGCCCCGGAGCCCCGCGGCUCGUUCACUCGGGGCCCGAGACGCCGCCAGUGCCGGGGCUGCCGCCGCCGCCGUCGCCGCCUCCUACGUGGUUGCAGCCGAGCGCGCAGGCCGGUCCCGCAGGGGGCAGGGAAGGGGCCGGACGGGCGGAGCGAGAGUCCGUAGACGUAUCCUGCACCGUUCAACGAGUCACCAGAGUGGUCCCUUCACGCUUCGAAUCUGUCUGCCAUCCUGAUCCAACAGUCUCUUCUUCCACUCCCUCUGCAGAGAAGGGCGUCACAUGUCAGGUGAGAGUUUUACGAUGUUUUCUGUUUUCCAUCCGAGGAUAAAGUCUGACUUGGGAUGGUUUACUCACCAGCCGUGUACUCUGUUAACUGUGAAAUAUAAUUUUCUUUGCAACUACGGUGUAUGGGAAUUUGACCAGGGGUGUGUGUAUGUGUUUG